AUGACUUUUCUAUUUGCUGUGGCAGACAAUGCUACCCUUUAUGGUGUAUGUUUACAUGUACCAGAAAUUGUUCAGAAACCACCUGCUAUCUAUGUUCCUUCAUCACCUCUUUCCCAAUCGUCAGUUGGUCGCAGUCGGUUUUUGGUUUCCGCACCCCGCUGUUAUUGUCUCUUAACAAGAGUUCCUUUAUUUGAAUUACACUACGAGAUGUUGAACAGUGUAAUUGCACAAGAGCGUCUGAAUAGGAUAACACAUUUUGUUAGUGAAAUAAAUCUCACUGAUUUUAUCCCCUCUGCAUCGAAAAUGAAUGACGCAUCAAAUGCAAGCAUUGAUUCCCCUUACAGGGAUGAUGAAGCAGAUUGGACAGCUUCUGCAAUACCAGUUGACUGUGCAAUUGCUCUUACUGCUGCUGCAGCUGGGAUAAUCUCGGACGAUGAGGUUCCCUCAUCAUCAUCAAAGUGGGAAGUUUCUUCGCCUGUAAGUGUCACUGCCAGUGAGGCAUCGGAUCAUAGUCAAGCUAGAGGAUUCGGUAAGGACGGGGGAAGGAGCAUCCAUUAUUUUGAUGAUUGUGUAUCCGAGGCCUCAGAAAAUCGAUCUGAUAGUAUUGAAAGGGUUUUUGGAAUUCAAGACAAUUACCGAACCCCCGAGAGCGGGCCUUUUGUCUGCUCAAAGGUCCAUUCUUUGGAGCGUCUUGGAAGCUUUGAAUCCUUAUUUAGUUCAGCAAGAAGUAUGGCAUCCGAGGACGAAGAUGAUGACUUAUUUUUCAGCAACGACAAGGAUGCUGGGUGCGAGAUGAUAAUGGAGUGGGCUAGAGAGAAUAAGAAUGAUUUGCUGCAAAUUGUUUGUAGUUAUCAUUCCUUGCCCCUUCCACCACGAGGAAGUAAGAUUGUUUUCCAGCCACUCGAACAUCUGCAGGCUAUUGAAUACGAGAGAAUUUCAGUUUCUGAACUCGGAAUUAGUGAGAAACAUAUGGGUACAAGUAUGAAGGAUCCAGAUGAAGUUGCAAAGGUAAAUUUCCAUUUAGCCGCUGCUGAGGAAGCUGUUGGACUAUCUAUAUGGACAACUGCAACAAUCUGUCGUGCACUUUCAAUUGAGACCAUAGUGGCCUUAGUCACUGGUGUGCUUCUUGAAAAACAAGUGGUUAUUGUGUGCCCCAAUUUGGGUGUUCUAUCUGCUGUGGUGCUAUCUCUGAUCUCCAUUAUUCGUCCAUUUCAAUGGCAGAGUUUAUUCUUACCUAUUUUGCCUGGAAAGAUGCUUGAUUUCCUUGAUGCUCCUGUACCUUUCAUUGUUGGCCUGCAGCACAAACCAACUGACUUGAAGCUGAAAAGCGCUAAUCUUGUUCGUGUUAAUGUAACCAAAGACCAGCAGAUAAAAUCGUGUUACUUGCCUCUACUUCCUCGACGUAAGGAGCUUCUGUCAGAACUGCGGCCAAUCCACGCUAGAUUGUCACGCGAAGACACUGUUGCUCAAAGGCGCCCUAUAUACAGAUGCAGUGAAGUGCAGGCUGAAGCUGCAGCACAAUUCUUGACUGUUAUGCGGCGCUAUUUAGAGUCUCUUUGUUCAGAUUUGAGGUCUCAUACUAUAACCAGCGUACAAUCAAACAGUGACCGGGUCUCGAUACUGCUAAAGGAUAGCUUUAUUGAUUCUUUUCCUGGUAGGGAUCAACCUUUUGUGAAGCUUUUUGUGGAUACACAACUUUUCACCGUUUUGUCAGAUGCUCGUCUUUCAAGCUUCGAGAACGAGUAGGAUAUUACCAAAAAAAUGUGCUUGAACUUUCUGUUGUUGCAGAGAAGAAGCAAGAUGACAUAUAACCGGACUAACCUUUUUCUUCGUGUAUGUUAUGAUAUACCGGUGUUGUAGCAUAGAAAGGCACGAACCAUGAACAGGCUGUAAGGAGAAACUUUAUUCAGGCAUAAUUAUGAUAACAAUGCCGGUUUCUUCCUCCAAAUUUUGGAAGUAUAGGUGGUCAAAUGAAAUGGAUUUUCCAAUAACAUGAUCAGAAAACUAAGAAAAAUAGCCUAGAAGAUCAUCAUCCCUACCUUUUUUUGUGGGAUUGAUGUAAUUUAAGAACUUUGCUUAGAAAAAGGUAGUUUAUGUUGAAAACUUAUAUUUGGUGUGUUGCCAUAUGUACACAUGUAUAAUGUAGUGUUGAGACUGGUAACUCAUAUUACUUAAAAAAACUGUAAUUGUAAUUAGUGUCAUCAUUUAGCCAGCAAAUUCCUAUUUUAUAUAUUCUAAAAAAUGCAGGGUAAGGCUGCGUACAAUAGAACCUUGCAGUCCGGCCCUUUUAACUCUUUCCAGUUGAAAGAGUUGUACUUAGUUAUUGAUCUUGGCAUUUCGAUUGUACUUGUGAUGUUGUUAAGUAGGCAUUUGGACAUGAUUUGGUUGAGAUUUGGAAAAAAUAGUAUUUGAGUUAUCUUUUUAUUGAGUGUUCAUUAAGUUAUUUCAUAGGAGCAUAUACUUUUCUUGUAGGUACAGAAAAGUAAAUUGUACUUAACAUUAACACAGAAAAGGCUGAAUAGCCAAGGCAAAGAAGAAAUUACCAUCUCUCAACUCCUGAAUUACUACAGCUAUAUCAGUUUUCAUGUCACCAGAGAGCAAAAAUGUGCCAUUUAAAAGUGUCAAUUUGGAAGGGCGAAAUGUUGGAGCAUCGAUGAUUGUACGUCGUGAUACAAGUUCUAGUGAAUCAAGAUCAGAAUAUUGUAGCAUAAACAUUUAUAUAAGUAACAAUAUUCAAGGAGUGAAUAACUCCAUUUUGUUGGGAAGCAAAGUGAAAAUGGGGGAUCCUGGUGUAAAUUUGUCAUUUAAAGACUUGAAAUUUGAGAGAGAAAUGAAGAAGAGAAAGAAGAAAAAUGGAGCAGUUGUUACAUUUU